CCCAUGUUGCCGUAGUUGUGGUGCUACGCUUGUCACUCACGCUCGUUGAUGCUCGUGCUACUACGAUGUGUUUACAUCGUAAUUCAGGAAAUGCUAUUGCCUUGUAAGGCGAGUCAACUUGAAUCCGGCAGUAUGAAACGCAUGAUGCCCGAGGAAAGCGGCGAGACCAAACGGACCUUUUUCAAGCAGGAGUCCAUCAACUUUGGAUACGCCAGUUACUCGUCGUCGUCGUCCGCACCCUCCGCCAUCGCUCAACCUUUGCCCGGACAACCACCCCUGCCUCCCAUGCCACCGCCGCCCAGCGGAGUUCCACCUCCGCCACAUGUAUUUGGACCAGUGCCUUCCCAAGUGACUCCCAUUCAGUGGACACACGCGCACACCCCGUGGCAAUGGAUAACGCCGCAAGCGUCCCCCCUGCCGACUCCCCCUCCAACUCCACACGAUAUCACUAAUACAAUUCCACGGGAGAUUCCGCUGAGGGGUAACUACGUACGUCGCGAUAGGUUCACUCACAAUAGGAGCAAUAUGUAUACUCAGAGGAAUAAUUUUCACCGUAAAAAUAGAAACGUGGUACGGUUCAGGCAGCCGCAGGGUCAGUUUGAUCAGGCUGCGUAUUUCGGCGCGGCGGCGUUGGCAGGUAAUCUUGGAUUGGAGUGGCGAAGAAGUAAUUAUACGGCGACGAGUGAUCCUACAUUAAAUCACAUGACUGUUCCUCUACCUAACCAUCCCAUACCUCCCAUCCCACCGAGAAUUGUGAGCAACAGGCAUAGCGAGGAAACGGAGGAUCAGGAUGUGAAGAUUGAAAAGGUAGUGAAGAAGAAUAAACAAAGGAAGCCAAUGUCACAAAAUUAUGUGAAUAAGCCGUGGAACAGAGAAGAUGCGGAAAGAGCUCUAAAGAUUGAAAGCGAAUAUAAUAUGAAGAAUAAAGUCAAUGCGCAGAGUUUAAUAAUUAGGUUUCCCGACACGGAUCUAGAUAAGGAUAUUGUUGGCAAAUUUCAUUCUGACAUACUGAAUAUACAUUUUCAAAAUCCGUGCGGGCCGAGAUAUUGCUUCAUUCAAAUGGCGGAGGACGUAAAUAUUGACGAAGCUAUAAAGGAAUUAGAGAAAAUCAAGUUUGGUGUGGGACAUUUAAAAGUCGAGAAAAAAUUACAUAGAGACGAAGAUAAUCCCGAGGAGAUAGAUCCGUAUACCCUGUUCAUAGGAAAUUUACCCGAAUCCGUUAAAACGAGCGAAAUAAAAAGUAAAUUUCCAAAGGCACAAGAUGAAGAAACGCGAAAGAUGAAGAACACACGGAAUAUUUUAAUGAGAUAUAAUAGCGUAGACGAUGCAAUAUCAGAUUACAAGCAAGCGUACGGUUUAAUGUGGGACAAGAGGAAUAUUAACGUUAGAUUUAGACGAAAGAGAGGUAACACUUGUCUUCCCGAAGAGCCCAAGCCUGACGUUAAGAAAGUUAAAGAGGAGCCGAGUAAUGCUGCACAAGUGGAAAAGCAACAGAAUGCAAAUCACAUUGAACUUGAGCUCAAUGUUAGUGAGUUGAAAGAAGAAGAGAAUAACGCUAGUCAGGAAGAUAAAGUCAAUCACGCGGAUAAAUCAUCGGCAAAUCAAGAUGUGGUUAGUGUGGAGGAGCGAUUGCAAGAUAAUUCCAAUAAAACACAAAGGAAGCCAGUCUCGCAAGUUCAGGAAAAUGUAAAUUUAUCCGGAUUGUCGACUUUGUCGGGCGAUAAUACGUCGGCUAAGGCAGCACGAGAAGAACAACAACCUUUGGUAAAAGAUACAUCACAGUCCCUUCCAAUACCCGCAGCAUCCGAAGCUCUCCCAUCGUGUCCAACGUCUGUGGCCGAGACGGAUACCACUGAGGAAACGGUGAUGCUUUCGCAGAUCAAAGAGGAACCCAUAGAUUACGAUGAGAUGGGCAUGGAUAACAUGCAGUCGGACAAUGAUGGUGAUAUCGACGAUGAUGACGAUGAUGACGAUGACGACGAUGACGAUGAUGAUGAUGAUGACGUUGAGGAGCCAGAUGAUACUGAUGACGAUGAGGAUAACAAUGCGGUAGACUUUGAAGAUGACGAUGAAGGUGAGGAUAUUGAUGACGAUGGAAAUAUAGCGUUUAGGACUAAACCAUCAGGAACAACACGAAAUAACGAAGAAUCAGACCACCUUGAUCAAAUGUUUAGCGAAUUGGAGAAUAUGACAGGUGACAUCGGUUUCUUAAAGCAGUGAAUGAAACGUCGUUUUAAUACUCGCCAUUAUGCUCCGACCCAGUUCUUUUUAUGAAACUCGAUUCUGUAUUCGAUUUAUUUAACGUGUAAAUAUAAGUAGUUACGUAUAGUAUAAGCAAAUGAGACUGCAUGUAUUUAGAUAUCGUAGUGUAAGCUAUUAUAGAGCCGAUUAUAAGAUAUUUAAGCAUUUUGUAAUUAUUAUUUCUUCUAAUGAGUUUCUUCAAUGACUAUCAAGAUUCAAGUCGAUAAUUGUGUAAGCUCUAUUACAUCAUUAAAAUUAUUAUUUUACGUA